CAGAAGCUUUUUCUGCAUUAAUCUCAUUGAAGUAAGAAGCUCGUUCCAGGGAUGCCUUUGGGAUUUAUAAAAAAAAAAAGAAAAUAUAAUAUUACAACAAAAGGUACUAUUAUAGUUGUUGUUCAGCUUCUGGAUAACUCUAUUCGGCUAGAAUGCACUCUAAACUCGGACAGUUUAGGAAGAGACUGUCUAGAAAAUAUUAUUCGACGAAUGAACCUUAGCCAUAAUGACUUAGCGAUGGAACUGUUUGGCCUUCGAUACAUCAACAAAAAUAUGCAAUUUCGUUGGAUUGACCUAGAUAAACCUCUAAGGAAACAAUUGGAAAAGCAAGCAGAAGUCAACUCAGAGCGUCUAUUUUACUUUGGAGUAAUGUAUUAUUUAGCUAAUGCACACCAAAUUAAAGAUGAAGCUAUUAGGUAUCAAUACUACUUGCAGCUUAAAUCAGAUGUAAUAGAGGGAAGAAUAAAUUGUGAUUCUGAUCAAGCCGCAAGCUUGGCUACACUUAGUUUACACGGUAGAUGUUCUAAUUUCCAUAGUUAACAGUAGUGAUAUUGAGAUUCAAUUUCAGCUGAAUUUGGAGAUGAUAAGUUUGAAAAAAAUACUCUAGAAUUUUUAGGUAUGUCGCCAGGCGAAGCACAAAUAAAUUACAUCCUCACAGUGCAAAGACUUCAUGGCUAUGGAGUUGAGUAUUACAAAGCUCAUGAUACAGAUGGAAAAGAAGUAUUUUUAGGUACUUCUUUUGUUGGUAUGUUAGUUAAACCAUCAAAUAGCGAAGAAAGAACAAUUUACUUUGAGUGGGAUAAAAUAUGUAAAUUUGUCAGGAAUAAAAAGUCUUUAGGCAUAGUCAGUGGACAGCAGACAUUAUACUACCACUUGCAAGAUAAUGAUCAAUGCAAAUAUAUUUGGCGAAUUGUUAGUAAGUUUCACUGGUUCUAUAAAAGCAAACCAUUUUCUAUUGUGACCGAUCACGAUAUAACUAAACCUAUCGACCUUUCGGAAGUUCCAAAAUUCACUCAGAUGCCUGACAUUCAAUUGUCGUCGAUUGCGGAUCAUAUUGAUGAUCCAGCUAAUACAAGAGCAUAUAUAAAUAUGGUGGCCUCAGAAACACCCCAUAUGGCAGAUAUGUAUAUGAAUUUAAAGCGAAAUGAAAGCAAUUACGAUACUGCCUCUCCAGAACCCGUUUAUUCAAAUGGACUCCCAGCAUAUCGCCCAGCUCCAAGUUAUGAUGAAGCAGUGAACAGACGUAAUCAAUUAAAUAAAAUGCACUCUUCCUCACCUGAUCUAGCAUCUUUACCAUUAUAUCAAAACACUUCGGCUUUCUCCACACCUGACCUGUAUAAGCCUCCACCUGAUGUGAUUCGUGCUCUCGAUAAAAGUAUGGAAAAUAUAGCUGAGGCUUGUGAAGAAACGGCCGCUUUCAAACUUCCUGCGCCUUUUCAUUGUCAGCAGAGUUCAAAUGUCUCAGAGUCAAGUCAAAAGUCAAUCUUUUAUGAGAUUGCAUCUCCUGUGUUAAUAAAUGCGGAUAGACAGCCAAUUGAUGAGAGAAGAAGACAGUUAGAAACGAGGUUGGCUCAGGCCGAAACUGAAUUUGAGAGUAUUGCGCCUCUUAAAGCGAAUGCUGACUUCUUCAUUGGAAAACAAUCGAUCACAGAGUAUCGAAAUCGAGACACAGGAAUUCUGCCUUACGAUCAUAACAGAAUUAAACUUUCUUCAACUUCAUCAAAUGCUAGUGGCUAUAUUAAUGCCUCAUCUAUAAAACUUCGUCUGCCUGGUUCUUCAAGAAGGCACCCACCGACCAUGGAGUGGCGUUUUAUUGUUGGGCAGCUACCAUCGAACAAAGAAACUGAAUGGGAUUUAUGGCAAAUGAUCUGGGAAAAAAAAGUCUCUACCAUAGUUUUAUUAGAUAAUGAGACGAUGUACUGGAAUCGGGAAAUCAAUCAUUCAAAAAUUUUUGGAGAUAUGGAGGUAUACACAAAAUGCGUUGAUAGAUCGUCCCCUGGAUACGCCACCUGGCGACUUCGUGUGAUGAAUAAAAAUACUGCCGUAGAGAGAGAUAUCUGGCAAUUAGAAUUAACUUCUUGGCCUGAUUCUAAUGCUUUUAUGUCUCUUAUUCAAGAAUGUAGAACUCUGCAAGCAUCUAAUCAUGAAUCUAGUCUAUUAGUGCUAUGUGAAAAUGGAGCAGGUAAAUCGGGUUCAUACGUACUUGCUGAUGUCAUGACUGCCUGUUUACAAUCAAAUGCCGAUGUGGAUUUACCAAAAGUUCUUCGAUUAAUCAGAGAACAGAGAAUGCACGCCGUUCAGACUGCAGAACAGUAUAUUUUCGUUUAUCGAACUUUAUUGCGAUUUCUAGACGCUUCGAGAUUAAUUUAG